AUUAUUCUCAUCAAAUAAAUAUUCCACUUAUAAUACAACCUUUAAACUUAUGGUUUAGUUCUUUCCAGGCGACGAAUGCCACCUGUCUCUCCUUUACACGUGCUCCUGCUUCUAUUUUGACCCGUACAGUUGUCUUCACUUCGACACAGGUUUGGAGGAACGCUCCUAACGUUUUCUCCUGGUUUUCCUUUUCCCCCCUGUUGACUAUAAUCUAGACUUUCAUCAUAAUCCGCCAACGUAUAUAAACGACCCCGGAAUUCAUUUAAGACUUCACUGCUUCUUCCUUUAACAUUUAUCGAAUAUGCGUUUCGCCGACCGUUGGUUUGCUUUUGUAGCAGUGAUUUUAUUGAUUUCCCUCGUCGCAGCUUCCAAAGAAACAGGCCCGUUACGACUUGCUAAACGUGGAUGCGAUUUUACAUGUAGUCCCGAAAAUGCCGACUGUUCACAACGCUGCGAUAGAUCCGGUGUGCAAAAGAUCCUCCUAAGUGUGUGCUAUGACAACGCCUGUUACUGUGGUUAUCAACCAUAAGGUUGCCUGGAGCGUCUGUGUCCUCUAAUAUUGUGGUGUUAUCCGUACAAAAAGUGUUACACUUGUCUUUUCCGUCAAUUUCCUCUUGUAUUAAACCGAAAUUCUUCAAUAAAUAAAGUCUAAAAACUUCAAGUGUUUCUUGCAAGAAAAUAAAAAUAAAAUAAAAGAAUAAGGAAAGAU